AAGAACCUUUCUGAUCCGUACAGAUAUAGAAGCCUGAACCCUAACUUGUUUCUCAGCCGUUGAUUCUUAAACACCCAACGCCCAACCGCUCUCUGUCUCUUUCUCAUUCACUGCCCAUUUAUAUCUAUCGGAACUCCAGAACAAAGAAAAACGAUCCGUUGUCUCUGUCUGUACACCUGGCCCUCCACCUCACUUCUUCGUUACGACCAUAACAGAACCUGUUCACUUGAGGGCUGGUGGAGUAAAUGGUGGGAAGAGCUCUGGAAGGAGCUAGUCGUAAAUGGUUGAAAUUAAGGUGGAUUACGAAACUUCGUGAGCUGCUGAGCAAUGAAGGCUGGUGAAGAGAACUCGCCUGCUAAGUCUUCUAGACCUACUGGUUUGACUCAGGAAACACCAACUACCCCACUGUAUCCUGAUUGGACGGCUUCUAUGCAGGCAUACUAUGGUGCUGGAGCUACUCCAUCUCAUUUUUUCGCUUCUCCUGUGGCAUCCCAAGCUCCCCAUCCUUACCUAUGGGGGAGUCAGCAUCCUAUGGUACCACCAUAUGGAACUCCACUUCCAUACCCAGCUUUCUAUCCUCAUGGAGGACUUUAUGCUCAUCCUAAUAUGGCUGUGGGUGCGACUUUGACAAAUACAGAGGCUGAAGGAAAGGCAUCUGAUGGAAACGAACUGGGGUGUAUGAAAAAAUCCAAUGGAACUCCAGGAAUCACAGGUUUGAUAGGUAGCAAGUCUGGAGAAAGCGAAAAGGCAGCUUCAGCUUCUGGAAAUGAUGGCGCCUCACAAAGUGCUGAAAGUUAUAGUGACAGAUCAUCAGAAGCAAGUGAUGAAAAUGAUAACCAACAGGCAUCAUCUGCAACUAAGAAGAGAAACUUCAACCAGAGGCUUGCUGAUGAAGGUAAUGUGAAGAAUAACGCUGCUGUUCGCUACAAUUGUGAAAAUCCUUCAACCUUAGUUCAAGGGAAGCCCGUGCCAAAAACCAAUUUAAAUAUUGGUAUGGACUUCUGGAAUGCAUCUGCUGCUGGGGCCACACCUGUGAAAACAAGACUAAAUGCAUCUGGUGCCUCACCACUGGUGUCUUCUGCUACAAUGGUUGGGCGUGAAGGCAUAUUACAUGAUCAUCAGUUAUAUCAGGAUGAACGUGAACUAAAACGAGAAAAGAGGAAGCAAUCAAAUAGGGAGUCAGCAAGGAGGUCAAGAUUGCGCAAGCUGGCGGAAUGUGAGGAACUACAAGUAAAGGUGGAUAAGUUGAACAAUGAGAAUCAAACGAUGAGGGAUGAGAUGCAAAGGCUUGCCGAGGAAUGUGAGAAGCUCACAUCUGAUAAUAAUUCCAUAAUGGAGGAGCUGGCUCAGCUAUACGGACCUGAUGCAAUAUCGCUCUUUCAAGGUAGCCAUCACAAUGGAGCUCUCCAAUCAGUUGAUGGUGAUGACAACAGCCUUGGACCAGACACAUCAACAGAAAACAACUCCAACUCCAUAUCUGGUCAGAAUGGACAUUUCUCCAACGGAAAGCAUGAUUCUUAACACAGCACAAAAUUUUCUGUCUUUUUAGCUCUAAUUUAGAACACGUACCCACCUUUUAUUAUUAGUAUACUUCUAUGAAUACUUGCAUUGAGUUCGAUACUUCUUUGUAAAUCGUUGUGACUGAUUAGAUCAAUUCAAUGGUAAAAGGGUUUUCGGCA